AUGAUUGUUGAUCUAGGCUUGCAUUUAUUAUUUUGUGGAAUUAGGAAUUCAUCAAACAAACUCCCUGUGUCUAUGGACAACUUAUAUUGUAUGCUUGCUGUCUUAUCCAUUAUAGCAGUACGAAUUUCGGCGCGAUUUUCUUAUAAAAAAUGUAUGGAAAAAUCGCAACCUAAACCCUGGUGA